AUGAAAACACCAAACAUGGAAGACACAAACACAAACACAACGUUAACCCCUCAAGAUCUUUCUUCCAAGAGACACUUUCAUUGGACAAACAAAGUUGGAAAUGAAGAACCAGAAGAACCCUCAACCAUGUCAAAAAUCAUACAAGAACAGACCAAAAACGACGAUGAAAAAGUUGUUUCAGGACAUUCAGCAACAGCAAGGAAGAAGCUUCAAGCAGUAGCAAUUUCAAGGCUUCGCUCUGUUCUAACAGUCUUCAACAAGAACCGUUCAAAUCUCCCCUCUGGUCUCGGUUCACGAGUUGUCGGAACGCUCUUCGGUUACCGUCGUGGACACGUUCAUUUCGCGUUUCAGAAAGACCCCACUUCACAACCAGCUUUUCUCAUCGAGCUUGCAACACCUAUCACUGGUUUGGUUCGUGAAAUGGCUUCUGGGUUGGUUCGAAUCGCUCUUGAAUGUGACAAGGUGAAGGAGAAAGAAACUGAGAAGAAGAGUUUGAGGCUGUUGCAAGAGCCUCUUUGGAGGAGUUCUUGCAAUGGAAAAAAGUGUGGAUUUGCUAAUAGAAGAGAAUGUGGGGAGAAAGAUUGGGAGAUUUUGAAAGCUGUUGAGCCAAUUUCAAUGGGAGCUGGUGUUUUGCCAAGUGGUGAAGGUGGUUGUUCUGAUGGGGAAGUUAUGUAUAUGAGAGCUAGGUUUGAGAGAAUUGUUGGGUCUAGAGAUUCUGAAGCUUUCUAUAUGAUGAAUCCUGAUAGCAAUGGUGCACCUGAACUCAGUGUUUAUUUGCUUAGAGUUUAG